AGUAACUAGGAAGCAUAAGGGUAACUAAGCUAACAUUGAUGAAAACUGGGGAUCGACUCUAUGGGUUUGAACACUUGAAUAACGGCGAUUUUUUCUUUUUCGUAAUGCAAAGUCUAGACUGCUUUUAACAAAUAUCGAGAGAAAGUUAUAUAGUUCAUUACUAAAAGGCAAGUAAAUGGCUCGGCCGACCCUCUCGGCCCACUUCCCCAGUCGCUCCAGGGUGCUGGCUGCACGGAUGGCCCUGCAGCGGGAGCAGGAGGCCCGCUGUCGCCAGCAGUGGGAGCUGCACUCUCUGUACUUCCGGGAGCAGAGUGUCCGCAGCCAGAGGCAGGCGGCUUGGAGCUCGGCUCAGUCCUACGAAAAGAGUAUGUCAGCAUACAAUGAACAGAAACUAAAGGAGGAAAAGAAGGCCAGCCUGGAGGAGCGCAGGAAUCGGCUAAGGGUCAUGCUUCAAGAGGAGCACGCCCGGCUGGAGGCGGAGCUGAGGGAGGUGGUUCCUGAUACCAGCACAUUGGCAAGUCAGCUGCUGCAAAAGACGGAAGAGCUUCGUACAGUGAGAGAGGAAAGAAGAAAAAAGCUUGCACAAGAGCUGCUCAGAGAGCACUGGAAGAAAAACAACACAGAGCUGCAAAAGGUUGAGUCAGCAUUACAUAAAGAUCAUGUUGUCAGCCAAUGGCACGAGCAGAUAUCUGAGAAGAAACGGCAAGACGUCGCAGAGCAGGAGCAGAACAGACGCUUUGAAAAUGAGUACGAGAGAACCCGAAAAGAGGCUCUGGUGAGGAUGAAGCAAGCUGAAGAGAAAAAGAAGGCAGAAGAGCUGAGGAGGGCCGAGGAACUAUGCAAACAGAUGGAAGAACUGAAGUUGAGGGAAGAGGAGGCCACUCGCUUGAAGAAGGAGCAGGAGGCUCUUUUGGUCAAACAAUGGCAGCUGGAGAAGAUAGAGGAGGAAAGGAGAAAAGUGGUGGAAAAAAGAAAAAAGUCUGAAAUGGGGCUUUUUUUGAUCCGUCAAUAUCGUGCUCAGCUGAAGAGGAGAGCCCAGCAAGUGCAGGAGGAACUGGAGGCAGACCAUAAGAUCUUAGCAGGUUUGCUAGAAGGACAGCAAGAGGACAGGAAGAUAGAGACUGAACGAAGGGAAAGGGCCAUCGCCGAUGCUGCCUGGAUGAAACACGUGAUUGAAGAGCAGCUUCGAUUGGAGCAGGAGAGGGAAGCUGAGUUUGACAUCCUACACAGAGAAGAAGCUCAACGUGUGUGGGAGAAACGAGAAGCACAGUGGGAGAAGGAGAAGAAGGCGAGAGAACGACUCAUGCAAGAGGUACUCAUGGGUAGGCAGCAGCAGCUGGAGCUUAAGAUGCAAAAUAACAGAGAGGCUCAGGAGGAGUCACUGAGGAGACGAGAACAACUGAUCCAAGAGCUGGAGCAGGAGAGGGAGACCAGAAGGCAUGAGAAGGAGCAAGAAGAGGGGCGUAGGACGGCACGGAUGCAAGAGAUCAAUGCUCAGGUGGAGCAGCAGCACCAGGAUCAGUGGGAGGAGCAAUGCAGGUUAGAGCAGGAGGAUGAGGAGGACAGGGUGGCCCUUCAAGUUCAGGAGGAGGAGCUAAAGCUGGAGAUGCAGAGGAUGACCAAGAAAGGGUACCAGGAAAAGAUUCACAGCAGGCCUCGAUCAGCAUGGACCUGAGCAAGCUGCUACAAGUCAAAACCAAAUUGUGAGAUGUAUAUUCAUUCCACUUAUAAAUCAGCUUUAAGAUUUUGCCCCAUAGUUUGUUCGUGUUUGUUGUAUGUAUA